UUGUGAGAUCGUCUACAGAAAGCUUUAGUGCCUUUAUUUGAGCAGAGAUGUUUUUUCAUUUGAGUAUCAUGUUGCUUAUGUUAUCAUGUGUUGGUGCACGAUGGGAGCUUUGUCAUCCACUAUCAACGGAGAAUUGUCCAUGGAAUCAACGUUGUGUGAAUGGAAUGUGCAUGCCUCGGAACUACUGCAGAUGGGAUGGAGAUUGUGGACCUUUUGGAGUUUGUGUUGAUGGAAGAUGUCUGAUACAUCCAAGGCCACCCACAACACCAAGACCAACCGUGAAACCUACUGAUCCCUCUGACAUCUACUGUGGUGAUGAUCCUACAUUAUGUCCAUAUUGGCAUGUGUGUGGAAAUACGGGAUACUGUGAACCGAAGAUCAGUUUAGAUCCAUGGCCAACCACUACACCAAAACCAACCGUGAAACCUACUCAACAUGUUAUAAUCUCUUGUAGAGGUGAUCAUCACUGUCCACGUGGGUAUAGGUGUGGAUUUUUAGACUACUGUGUUCGCUGGGGUAAAUAAGGAAGAAACAGCUGCUUACAAAGUGAAGGAGAAUCGAUUUCGAUUUGUUAAAAACAACCUUGUAGUUGGUCAUCCAAGAAAGAUAAUUACUUUUUUGAAAAAAUGAAAACAAAAUGAUGAUGUUCAGAAUGCUAAA